UGGUUUAAGAGUAUAAAUAUGUAGCUAGAUGUUUGGGUGGUUCAUCAAUAAGCUACGCACUCUUUUCCAUAGAAAUUAAAAAGCGGUUUGUAUAAAGCAAAGAUGUCCAUUGCAGCUUCAGCACUUGUUUCAACCCAAAAUGCAGUAUCUGAUGUCAAGUGACCUUGCGCCAAUUUUGCUCCUAGCAUAUGGGGAAAUACUUUCCUUCAAUAUGCUUAUGAAUCAAUGCACCAAGAAGUCGAUGACAUUAUGAACCAGCAAGCUCAAAUCCUAAAAGAGGAGGUGAAAAUGAUGUUUCAAUCAUCAAAUCCAAAUAUCAUGCAAAAAUUAAAUUUCAUUGACUCCAUCCAACGUUUUGGUAUAUCCUACCAUUUCCAAAAGGAAAUUAAUCAAGCAUUGGAACAAAUUCACAAUACCUUGACCAAAGAUAACACUAUCAUAAGUGAAGAUGGAAAUCAUCACUUUCUUGCUCUACUCUUUCAAUUACUUAGGCAACAAGGAUAUCAAAUUUCAUCAAAUGUGUUUAACAAAUUCAAAAAUGAGCAAGGAAAUUUCAAUGAAACACUUGCCAACAAUAUUCAAGGGUUGUGUAGUUUGUAUGAAGCUGCACAUCUAAGAAUCGAUGGGGAUGAUGUAUUGGAAGAAGCAUAUGACUUCUCAAAUACUCAACUUAUGUCCUUGGCAAACCAAUUGAGUCCAUCUCUUGCUGCACAAAUCAAUCACUACUUAAGGCAACCACUUAACAAGAGUGUACUUAGGUUUGAGGCAAGGUAUCACAUGACUGUCUAUGAACAAGAUUCUUCCCAUAAUGAAAUCUUACUAACCUUUGCGAAAGUAGAUUUCAAUAUUCUUCAAAAAAUGCAUCAAAAAGAAAUUGGCAUUAUCACCAAGUGGUGGAAACAAUCAAAUGUUAUGAAAAAGGUUCCUCACGCUAGAGAUAGAUUGGUUGAGUGCUAUCUUUGGAUCUUAGCCAUGUCCUACAAGCCCGAAGAUAGCAACGGAAGAAUGUUUGCGGGAAAAUUGAGCACUGUUAUCACUCUUUUAGAUGAUGCUUAUGAUGCUUAUGGCACUGUUGAAGAACUUGAACUCUUGACUGAAGCAUUUAAGAGAUGGGAUAUUGGUCUCAUUGGAUCUCUUCCACUAAGCAUGAAAGUAAUAUUUGAUACAAUAGUAGAACUCUCUAAAGAAAUGGAGUUGUUAACUGCUCAUACUGGAAAAUCAAGCCUUGCAGUGCAACAUUUUAAACAAGCAAUUUGUAACCUAGCAAAAGCCUACAUGGUUGAAGCAAAAUGGUGCCACAAGGGUUACAUUCCAACAUAUGAUGAAUAUAAAGCUAAUGGAAUCUUAACAUCUUGUUGUCCUCUAUUGUUCACAUCAAUGAUAUGUCUUGGAGAAUUUGCAACAAAGGAUGUGUUGGAUUGGAUUUUUAGUGAUCCAAAAAUCCUUCAAGCUUCAUCAAUUAUUGGCAGAGUCAUGGAUGACAUGGCCUCACAUAAGUUUGAGCAACAAAGAGUACAUGUCGCCUCAUCUGUGGAAUGUUGCAUGAACCAAUAUGGUAUUUCAGAAAUAGAGGCCUAUAAGCUUAUUCGCAAGGACAUUGAAGAUUAUUGGAAGGUUAUAAAUGAAGAGUACUUGAAUUCCUACAAUAUCCCCAAAUCUGUGCUUGACUGUGUAGCUAAUUUUGCACGUAUGUCAGAGUUUUCAUAUGAAAAUCGUCAAGAUAAAUUCACAAAUGGAGAAUUAUUAAAAGAUGACGUUUCUUCUCUACUUUUGAAUCCCAUUUGCCUCGAAGAAUGCAAGUAGAAGAAGUUGUCUCACAUAUAAGAGGAGCACAUAUUGUUUUAACUUUAAGACAUACUAUCAUAGUGCAAUAUGCACUAGCAAGCAUAAAUAAAAGGGCAUUGUGGGUGUGAAAGUCAAUCGAUUCAUCCUACAUGAAAUGCUCAAUAUGUAAGUUGUGAUAAAUAAUGUUGUUUGUAGUCGUGUGUGCUGUCAU